CCCAAAUCCGGGGGGCGCCGGGGGGCCCCGAGACCCCCCCGGAGCUGGAGGAGGAAGUGUCCAUCGUGCAGCUCUCGGACCCGCAGCCCCCGCACUGCUUCACGCGCACGCUGCACGAGCUGAGCUGCUUCUGGGACAGCCCCGGGCCCGCUGACCACCGGCGAUUCCGCAUGGAGUACCGGCUCGAACAUGACCCCUGGCAGCAGUGUCCCCUGCGGGUCACGGCGCUGGCCCCGCCCCGCGGCCGCUCCCGGUUCUGGUGCUCGCUGCCCGUGGCCGCCACCGUCACCUUCGUGCCCCUGGAGCUGCGCGUGCUGCGCGCGGGCCCCGAGGGACCCCCGGAGACCCCCGAGGGACCCCCAGAGACCCCCGAGGGACCCCCAGAGACCCCCGAGACCCCCGGGACCACCGAGAGACACCCCGGGACCUCUGAGACCACCAAGGACACCGAGAGACCCCCGGAGACCCCCGAGGGACCCCCGGAAAACCCCCGAGACCCCCGGGACCACCGAGAGACCCCCCAAAACCACCGGGACCUCUGA